CUGCGAGCGAUCUGCGCUUCUUCGACCCGAUGCCGUGAUCUGUUUCCGACAAAGACAACAAAUAACUGACUAGUAGGCUUGUGGUUCUGAAUUACUGACUAGGGCUGCAAUAGUUAGCUUCACGCCGUAUUGCCAACCAGAACUCAUCGAGCUUGCAAAGUUUGUGAGAAUCCUACAUGGAAGAAUUGAGCCAGCAAUGUCAGAUCUGUAUCUCCCGAGAGGAGAGAAGUCUUCUCGGGGGAAUGUUUCAAACGGUUUGACGCUAGGAUACCUAGCGGAACUGGAUGACGAAGCUUGUUGCGGCGAUGAGGCAGCGAAUGCGAAGCGCUGUGCCAUAACUAGCGAGUGUGAAUGUGUAGAGACAACAGGCAACUUUUACGAUAGGUUCGGGCGAUUACAGCUUUCGGUCCUGCCCCGUAACCUGCCUCUGGUAGAAUGCGGCCCACUCUGCCUAUGUUCCGUAGAGAAUUGUUACAACCGUGUCACUCAAGGCCCUACCAGGCUCCAGCUUGAGGUCUACUUCGCAAGAGAUUCUGUGCAAAAAGGUUUCGCAUGCAGGACGCUCGAACCAGCAAAAGCUGGAUCGUUCGUAGCACUUUAUGCCGGAGAAUUGAUCUCUGGUAAAACAGCUCAGAGAAGAAGGACCAAAAGACAGCAGGAGCACCCCUCGUGGGGCAAUUAUAUUUUGGCCUUGAGGGAGAACGAUAAAGUCUGGGGCCGAGUAGAUGCCACCCAUACAGGAAACGUUGCACGCUUUUUGAAUCACUCGUGCGAUCCAAAUUGCCUGAUCCAACUUGUCAGGUGGGGUCCGAGAGCAUUCCCCCGGCCAGCUAUAUUCACUAGAAAAGCGGUAUCAGCUGGGGAAGAGUUGACCUGGGAUUACGGAAACGCGUCUUGUGACUCUGAGGAGGAGAUCUAUACGUCUGCAGAGGCAUCACCAGCUAUUCUCAAGCCCUGUUUAUGCGGAGCACAAAACUGCAGAGAUUACCUCCCUUGGGGUACCGACUAGUACUGCAUGGCUCGUGUAACAAGACAUCAUUAUAAGAUUCGUUAUACAACAU